ACAGUUCUCUAGCACCACACACUACAUUUCACCCUGUGAAAGAAUGUCGGCAAAGAUCCCACCACAUGGAAACUGCUUCGAAACUGCUGGGCCCUGAAAUUCUGAUCUGCAGUCUGAAACCACUCCACAGCUUUCCUCAUUCACCCUCCCACUUGGGCUUCUGCACAGGCAUGAACAUCUAUUGAGGAAAACCACAAAAAACUUCAAAAUAGCUACAACGGGAAAAAAGAGUAUAUCCCAGUCAGCAGGCUACUAGCGUAAUAACUUCCAGUCGCCUUAAUUUUUGUUAAAAUGAAGACUCUGCAGUCUACACUUCUCCUGCUACUGUUUGUGCCUCUGAUAAAGCCAGCACCACCAACUCAGCAGGACUCACGUAUCAUCUAUGAUUAUGGGACAGAUAAUUUUGAAGAAGCCUUAUUUACCCAAGAUUAUGAGGAUAAAUACCUGGAUGGAAAAAAUAUUAAGGAAAAAGAAACUAUGAUAAUACUUGACGAGAAAAGUCUUCAAUUACAAAAUGAGGAGAGUGUAACACCAUCAUCCACGAAGAAAGAAAAUGAUGAAAUGCCCACGUGCCUGGUGUGUGUUUGUUUAAGUGGCUCUGUAUACUGUGAAGAAGUUGACAUUGAUGUUGUCCCACCCUUGCCAAAGGAAUCAGCCUAUCUUUAUGCACGAUUCAACAAAAUUAAAAAGCUGACUGCCAAGGAUUUUGCAGAAAUACCUAACUUAAGAAGACUCGAUUUUACGGGCAAUUUGAUUGAGGACAUAGAAGACGGCACUUUUUCAAAACUUUCUUUGUUAGAAGAACUUACACUAGCUGAAAAUCAACUAUUGAAACUUCCAGUUCUUCCUCCCAAGCUUACUUUAUUUAAUGCAAAAUACAACAAAAUCAAGAGUAGAGGGAUCAAAGCAAAUACAUUCAAAAAACUGAGUAACCUGUCCUUCCUCUAUUUGGACCACAACGCGCUGGAAUCCGUGCCUCCAAAUUUACCAGAGAGCCUACGUGUAAUUCAUCUUCAGUUUAACAACAUAACUUCAAUUACAGAUGACACGUUCUGCAAGGCUAAUGACACCCGUUACAUUCGGGACCGCAUAGAAGAGAUACGCUUGGAGGGAAAUCCUAUCAUCCUAGGAAAGCACCCCAACAGCUUCAUCUGCUUAAAAAGAUUACCUGUAGGGUCAUACUUUUAAACCACUAUCAAUGCAGUAUAUAAACUAAAGUACACAUAUACGUAUACUCUGUCUCAGCAAUGGCUAAAGGAGCAUAAAUGUUUAAUAUUAACUUUGUAUCCCACUAUGAAAGAAUUUUAUGUUUUAAGCAAGGGUAUUCAAAAACCUCACAAAUAACAAGUAAAAAGUAAGACUGAAUUUCUAAAUUCAAAACAAAGUAAUGUGAAAAAUAUUUAAGCAGCAUUACAAAAUCCUUGUUGUUUAUAGUAGAAUGCCGUUUAAAAGGUAGGUUUUUAUAUCAAUACCCAAAUUUAAGAAGCAUUAUUUCUAUUACUAAUGAAGCAAGAGGAUAAGUCCAAAAAACUUUCAGCUGUUUGUCUUAUUUGGCCUUUACUGGAUCUGGAAAGCGUUUAAGGCUAAUGUUCCAAAACCUUUGAAAAGAUAAAUAUUUCUAACGAUCUCCCAUUUUUCUUUUAUGAUCCAUACAUCGUUAGUUAUGAAGUAGAAACUCUGUUUUCUAUUAAGGCAGCUAUUAUAUUUUUAUUUAGCCUGAGAAAUAGGCCAUAGUCUCAUUCCUAGGCAAAACUUUCCAAAUACAGCAUAAUUUUACUCUUUGAUAAAGAGCUAAUAUAGUGAUGCUCAAACUUAUUCUGCUUUGUAGUGACACAGUUAAAGGCUUUAGUAAAAUCGUACAAAACUUUCUUUUAUCUUAAUACUAACAUUCUAAAUCUAGUAUACAAUAUUUUAUGAAGUCAAGCAGGCCAAAAUCAGUAUGCUUAUAUAUAUAUAUAUAUAUAUAUAUAUAUAAAGCCCCAAAGUAUAUCCCAUUUCUCAGAAAACAGCCAUUAAGUUCUCUAUUGUAAAGGCUUGCAAAUACAAUAAAUAGUGCAUAAUA